CGGGGAGGCUCUGGCGGGGGCCGAGGUGGUGUUGGCCGUGGAGCAGCUGGUGGAGGCUUUGGGGGCCGAGGUGGAGGAUCGGGCCCCAUGAGGAACCGACCGAACCUGAGCCGUGGCAGAGCAAGACCUACGCCAUACAGCAGGGUAUGAGAAAUUUAGAGGAAUGGGCUGAGAAAAAGGAAAACGCCUCGUAACCUGAAAAUGCCUGCUCGACGUCCUCUAAUCUUCAGGCUUGCUAGCUGCUCCCAAUGCUAUCAAUGGCUAGCUUGCUAGUCGAGAGGCACUUAGGUAGCUAAUCGAAUUUCUCUCGAAUUAACGAAGGGAAACCCUUUUAAAUUGUGGUUGAUAUGGAAAUAUAAUGCACAUAACGUGUCCUUGUCCACCCAAACCCGUGUCUGUUACCACUUUUUGAGAAUAAGCUUUUGGAGCAGGUUAGCUAGUUGCUAACUCUGGAAUAGCUGCUUACCUACAAGGCCCAGACAGCGCCAUUUUGAAUUCAGCAUCUUCAAUCAAUGAAAUAUUUAUUUCAUGGUCUGUCGCAGUAUCUUUCGUCCCAGAAAGUCACUUGUUUGACCACAGAAUGGCACUGCAUCGAAUAAUAUCGUUGCAGUUGGAUAAUUUUUGUAGCAGAGGCAACUUUUGGGGAGUUUCAUCCUACACUCCUUUCUUUUUGUUUGGGAGUGGCUGGCGGGUUAACACAAUCCCCUUUGAGCAGCACCAUAUCAACACAGAAUGGUGUCCUUUAUGGAUGGAGCAGUGGACUUUUCCCCUCUUAUUAUUACAUAUUUUUAUCUCUACAUUUCUAGUUGUUACUCGUCACAACUCAAUCAAAAUGGCGUGGUUUCAAAAUGGACGCUCAGAUGGUUGCCAUCCAUGUUCAGGCCAGGUCGUUGGUCUACUUUAUUUUGCUAGUUGUCUCUUUCAGAAAAUGGACACGUAACUCAUCAAAGCUAACUCAUGGCUUUUAAAGAACAAUUUAAGCAAAUAACCACACAGCUGGAGUCGACACUGAUGCAAAGUACUACAGCGCCAUACGGAUGGAUGACUUUCUUCAGCAUACUACUCUCGCUGGGGGAUGGCCGCCUGGAGAGCCUUUGGUGGAGGAGCAGAUGACAAGAGAACAGUGGGCGACAUUGCUAGCCUAGUUAGCCAACGAGGGGGUGGGAGCGGAGUGCAGAUGCCCAAGCAGCUUCCUGAUAAAUGGCAACACGACAUGUACGGCAAUCAUGGCUUCAAUGCCAGUGUUGGGGGUGGCGCUGGUGUGGAAACCGGAGGGAAGCUUCUUGUCUCCAAUCUCGACUUUGGCGUUUCAGACGCAGAUAUUCAGGAGCUCUUUGCAGAGUUUGGUACACUGAAGAAGGCAGCUGUUCACUAUGACCGGUCGGGCAGGAGCUUAGGCACUGCAGAUGUCCACUUUGAAAGAAAGGCAGAUGCUCUAAAAGCUAUGAAACAGUACAACGGUGUACCACUUGAUGGGCGUCCCAUGAACAUACAACUUGUCACAUCACAGAUCGACACACAAAGACGACCACCCAUGCAGGGUAUGAACCGAGGAGGUGGUGGCAUGAACAGGGGUCGUGGUGGUGGGUUUAGAGGGAUGCAGAGAGGACGUGGAGCAGGACGUGGAGGAGGCAGGGGCCGAGGUGGCCGCGGGGGAAGCACUAAGCCACUUUCCGCUGAAGAGCUGGAUGCCCAGCUAGAUGCCUACAAUGCCAGGAUGGAAACAAGCUAAGAGCAAAGCCUAGGUGAAUCCUCCAGGCUGCAUUACACUCCAGGCUGAACAUGAGGACAGUCGCAGUUGUUACAGCGUUGAAGAUGCAGGACAUUUUACACUUGGAUGUCUUCUGAUGUGAUUUAAAUUUGUGUAUCAAUCCUUUUAAAUGCUCCGAUGUGUUUUUUACCAAUUUGUUUUUUUGAAAAAAAUAUUGGUUUUGACUGUAGGUUUAAGGGGGUGGGUGGGGCUUUCCCUGUUGAUCUGAUUCCUUUCCCCAUAGAUCAUUGUAAUAAACCCUGCAGUACAUUUUAACCAUA